AUGGCCGCAUUCAACAGAUCGCUGUUUGGCGUGUUCGAGGGCAUAAAUCAUCCAAUGCAGUCAAACAUGAACUUUGUCAUUUGUACGGUUCUCGUCACACUGGUAGCUGACCGGGUGUCGGCGUCGCGCCAGGCAGAGGCCGUCAUCCAGGCGGGCACGGACGCGGGGGUCUCGGGCCUGGUGAUGUUCUACCAGACCGCCGAGACCGAGCCAGUCCAGAUCUCAGGCAGCAUCUCGGGCCUGGCGCCGGGUCUGCACGGGCUGCACGUCCAUCAGAACGGGAACCUGACCAGCGCGUGCUCAGACGCCGGCUCUCACUUCAACCCGGCGGGCAGCGACCACGGCGCUCACCCCAACCUCGCGGACCGGCGCCACGUGGCUGACCUGGGUAACGUGGUGGCCGACGAAACGGGCACGGCCGACUUCCAGCUUCAGGACAAACUCCAGACGCUCAUCUAUGAUAGGCUCACAAUUAUCGAUCUCACCCUAUCCAUUCAAUGCUGUAUGUCUUAUUUCCACAACCCUAAAUGGCAAGUGUUCCUCUUUCACAGCGAGAACGUGAUCGUGGGACGUGCUAUCGUCAUCCACGCUCUGGAGGACGACCUCGGUCUAGGUGGAGACGAGGAGAGCAAGAAAACGGGCAACGCCGGCGCCAGGGUCGGCUGCGGGCUCAUCGAGCUCAGCCAGGGGCUUAAGGAGUAGGUGGGGGGGGGGGGGGAAGCUGCUGCACAUGUAUGACGUGCUGUGAGUGAUUAAAUGCGUCAAGCGGGUCGUCUUGUCUCGACUCAGCAUGUGACAUACUAAGGUAAAAGUAAUAAUUGCGCGAUCAUGCUUUUGCAAACUUAAAUGUUUUU